ACUUGGUUCGCCUCUUCAAAGGCUCUUCAAACCAUCAAUUAAUGUUGCAGGUUCGCUCUAUUGUCACACCUUCCCUCUGGAGAAUGCAAGGAACAGCCAAUAUUUAUUGAACCAUGACACCACUUCAAACCCGCAGGCGAAAGAUGAUGAACACAUCUACCCAGUUCAAUCAUCAUCUGUCUAUCUAUGAGCUAUCUAUGCUACGUCGAGCGUACGUACAUGAACAACUCUGUACCGUACUGCAGCUGGUCUGCAACGUGGUUUCACGGUGAAUGCGAAGUCAAUUUGAUAAUCCUUUAUAUCCCAAUGUGAAGAAUUCUUGGCAUAUCAAGUAUCGCAAUCAAUUAAUGGAGGGCGACCUAGACAUUGUCCUUGCAUUCGCCGUUUGAUCUGUUUGCGAAGCCCACUUAGGAGCUUCAUGAAGCAGAUUGUUCAUAGUCAUUAGUACGGGGGGCGGACAAACUCUCGGGCCUUAAAAACUGUGGAGGUACCAGUCAAUAUGGUAUUCAGCGACAGUAUCAACCUUCCUGACAGCUUCGUUCCUCCCCAGAACGUGGCUGUGCUGGGCCGUGGUAAGAGAUACUUGAAGCACCCAGGCAACCGGCGUCUUCGAGAGUUGGUUCAGUCUGAGAUCCCAAACUACCUUUCUUCCCCAAACAGAAAGGACAAGUCAGGUAUCAUCUUGCGGGUCAUUGAGAUCAUGCGAAAAGGAACUGCGGGCCAAGUCGGCUUUGUCAGGUAUGAUACUAUAUCUGGCAAGUGGUUUCUCGUCGACGACGGGACUGCGCGUGUGAGUGUUGCCCAGAUCUUCCGGGAUGCCCUCAGCAAGCACUACCGCUCCAGCAGGCAGCACAAGCAAAAGAAGCGUCAAGCCAUCAAGGAACAAAAGUCCAUGUCGCCUCCUUCUCCUUCCACAGGACCUGCCAAUGACCAUCAAGCCAAGGAAUGCACGGCCGUAACGACCAAAGGAUCGAUGUCCCAAAGCAUGUCUCUAUCCUCCCUCAUCUUCCAGACCCCUGGUGUAUCCAGCACCGCUGGUAUGUCCAAAAUGCCUGGAAGGUGCACACAAGUGCUGCAGAAGGCCCUGCGUGAUUCACGAGAACUGUUGAGCACAGUCGAAGAUAGCACCGAGAAUCAAGCAGUCUUUGACUCUCUCUUCGACGCCUUUGCUGAUUCCGUCAACACGGAUUCCAACCCGUACGAACCCACACCCAUCGCAAGCCAAGUCAUCCCACAGCAGCAACCAAGACAAUCGAGUUUCCAUUUUGGUGACGUCUUUCAAGCAAACAUCCUCGUCUAGAGGGAAGAUAGGUUCUUAGGGUCUCGUGACGCAAAGAUGCGAAUGUAGAAUAGCAUCGCUUACUUAUUAUUUAUUAGUAUUAUUUAAACUCC